GUCUCCUGAGAGACUUGACAUGAAGUGACGGAGAAAGGAAGAAAGGGAAGGCAAAGUAGUCUGACUCAGUAUGUGUGCGAGAGCAGCAGAAGGUAGAAGCGGAAUUUGAUUUUUUUUUUUAUAUUUUCGUCACAAUUUGCUGUGGUUUUCCUUGCAAGCGGACAACAAUGGAGGGAAUGUGUUUAUCUUUCCUUUGGACAUUCUUCCUGCACCUUACUUGCUACUGUGCUGCAGAGGAAGGUCUGGAGUUUCCAAACUUUGACGGCAAGGACAGAGUGUUGGAAAUGAACGAGCGCAGCUACAAGAAGGCUUUGAGGAGAUUUGAACUUCUGUGUGUGUUCUACCAUGAACCACUUCCUGCUAACAAGGGCCUGCAGAAGCAAUUCCAGAUGACUGAGCUGGUCCUGGAGCUGACUGCUCAGGUCCUGGAGGACAAAGACAUCGGUUUUGGGAUGGUGGACUCGCAGAAGGAUGCCAAAGUUGCCAAGAAGCUGGGUUUGGAAGAGGUGGGCAGUCUGUACGUCUUUAAGGACGACCGAAUCAUCGAGUUUGACGGACAGCUCUCAGCAGACACUCUUGUAGAGUUUCUUUUGGAUGUGCUGGAGGAACCAGUGGAACAAAUCAACAAUGCGAUGGAGCUGCGAGCCUUCGAAAGGAUGGAGGAAGACAUUCGCCUUAUUGGUUACUUUAAAGGAGAGGAUCUAUACUACAAAGCUUUCCAUGAGGCGUCAGAGCGUUUUCAGCCUUACAUCAAGUUCUUUGCAGUAUUUGAUAAAUCUGUGGCCAAACAUCUCUCGCUCAAGAUGAACGAGGUACAUUUCUACGAGCCUUUCAUGGAGGAACCAGUGGUCCUGCCUGGCAGACCUCUGUCAGAGAUGGACAUUGUGGACUUUGUCAACCAACACCGGAGAGCGACUCUGAGGAAGCUGCAGGCAGAAAACAUGUUUGAGACCUGGGAGGACGACAUGGACGGAAUACAUAUUGUUGCCUUUGCCGAGGAGGAGGAUCCAGAUGGAUACGAGUUCCUGGAAAUCUUAAAGGACGUGGCCAGAGACAACACCAACAACCCAGAUCUCAGUAUUGUCUGGAUCGAUCCUGAUGACUUCCCUCUGCUCACCACGUACUGGGAAAAAACCUUCAAGUUGGACUUGUUCAGUCCUCAGAUUGGUGUGGUCAACGUCACGGAUGCGGACAGCGUGUGGUUGGACAUGUCCAACGACGAGGACCUGCCCACUGCCGAGGAGCUCGAGGACUGGAUUGAGGACGUUCUCUCCGGCAGAAUAAACACAGAGGAUGACGAUGAGUCUGCUGAGGACCACGGAGAUUUCUACAGCCACCUGACAGAAGACAAUGACGACAACCAUGAUGACGAUGAUGAUGAUGAUGACGACUAUUAGGUCUUCCGAACCUACUUCAUCAUGUUGGUCAUCACUAGAAACAUUUUACUGCACAUGCUAGGAUGUUUAUGGGUGCUUUUUUCAUCGCUUUUAGAUCCAAAGAAAGAAAUGCAUCACGUUUUCUUUAUUAAUACAAGCAUAACGAUCAUUGAUACAUUGCUAGUAGUACUGCAGUACGCAGAUAGCAUGUACAGUACGGGCCGAAAGUUCGGAAACACCUUCUCCUUCAAUGCGUUUUCUUUAUUUUCAUGACUAUUUGCAUUGUAGAUUGUCACUGAAGGCAUCACAACCCUUAAUGAACACAUGUGGAGUUAUGUACUUAACUUUAAAAAGGGUGAAUGAACUGAAAACAUGUUUUGUAUUCUUGUUUCUUCAAAAUAGCCACCCUUUGCUCUCAUUACUGCUUUGCACACUCUUGGCAUUCUCUCAAUGAGCUUAAAGCAGGAGUCAUCCGGAAAUGGUUUCAUCGAGAGAAUGCCAAGAGUGUGCAAAGCAGUAAUCAGAAAAAAAUAAAAAUAAAACUAGAAUAUAAAACACGUUUUCAGUUAUUUCACCUUCUGUUUGUUAAAGGCCUACUGAAAUGAGAUUUUCUUAUUUAAACGGGGAUAGCAGGUCCAUUCUAUGUGUCAUACUUGAACAUUUCGCGAUAUUGCCAUAUUUUUGCUGAAAGGAUUUAGUAGAGAACAUCCACGAUAAAGUUUGCGAGACGUUCUAAUAAAGUUCCAAAGCAGAUUAAUCCA